AAAAUGUCAGUGCGUCUUAUGGAGCGAAUAUGGAGCGGCCGGUCCGGUAUUUCCACCGCCGCCGUGUCAGAAUACCGGGCCGGCUGCUCAGCUCUGCAGCGGGACCUUAUAGAGAUGACUGCUGACCUUUGGGGAGGGAGGGGGAGCGGGAACCUGAAUUUGACAGGUACCCGCUCCCACUUCCGUGGAGUUGUUCUUUCAUCUUACCUGUCAGCAGUCUUCCCCUGUGCUGUCCGCAGUCUCUGGUCAUCCCUGUGCUGUCCGCAGUCUCUGGUCAUGCCUGUGCUGUCCGCAGUCUCUGGU